AUGGCCUUCGUACCAGAUGCUUUCCUGGCCGAGCAGGGCUUGAGGAAAGGUGAUGCCACGCCGCUGGGGGAUGGCGCGGCCUUCAGGCGGUUGAAAGAGGCCGCCGCGGGAAUCUCCUCUCGCAGCCUCUCGCAGUGCGGCGGGUGCUCCUGCAACACUGCCAAAGUGCUCGCUUGCCUCGGCUGCCAGACUUUCUUCUGCGGCUGCGUGGGCGGCGAUGCGGUGGGCAGUCAGUUUCGUGAAGCUCUGUGUCAGCUUGGCAUGGUGGACCUCUGCCCACAGGCUGCAGACCGAGACAGUGGAGAAGUCCUUUGCCUGGUCGCGGAAGAUGGUGAGCGAUCCUUUGCUUACCGCACUGGUGUUGCAUCAGACGCCCUGGAGUCUGGUGCACUCUCUGCUGCUCUGGACCAGGACCAGGACGACCAAGAGGCCAAGCCCGCGGGCCAGCGAUCUUUGUGA